CCCGUGUGACCCCAACUCUACCAAAGCAGGACCGUCCUGUGCGUGAGGGGACUCGGGUAGCCUCUAUUGAGACAGGCUUGGCUGCAGCAGCUGCAAAGCUGGCCCAACAGGAGCUGCAGAAGGCCCAAAAGAAGAAAUAUAUCAAGAAGAAACCUUUGCUGAAGGAGGUAGAACAGCCUAACCCUCAAGACUCUAAUCUCAGCGUGACAGUACCAGCCCCAACUCUGGCUGCUACAGCCCAGCUUCUCACCUCUUCCUCACCCCUGCCUCCUCCUGAGCCUAAACAAGAGGCCCUGUCAGGAAGUCUUGCUGACCACGAGUAUACUGCUCGUCCCAGUGCCUUUGGCAUGGCCCAGGCAAACCGCAGCACCACACCCAUGGCCCCUGGUGUCUUCUUGACCCAGCGGCGCCCUUCAGUUGGCUCCCAGAGCAAUCAGGCAGGACAAGGAAAGCGUCCCAAAAAGGGACUGGCCACAGCAAAGCAGAGACUUGGCCGUAUCCUGAAAAUCCACAGAAAUGGCAAACUACUUCUGUGAACCCCCUUGUGUCCCAUGCCUCACUCCUUCACUCCCAUGGCCUUCUCCAUUGUCAACUCUUGGGGCACUCCUGGAUCCUAUCUGCCCCGGACAAGGUGCUGAGGUGCAUGGUCUUGCUUUCUUGGGACUGACCAAAGGCACGGACUCCCCCCACAGACCCCCCUACUGACUACCUUCCCCACUUCCACUAGAGCAUCCUGCUUUCUUUCUCCAUACCCCUGAGUAGCAGGCAAACAGGGGAGGUUUCCAGUUGACUAGAAUCCUCUUUUCUGCUCUUCCAACCCAUUUCCCUUUCACCUGCCUUGUCUGUCCUUUACUCUUGUCCCUCUCCCACCUGAGCUGGAAGGCAGGAUGAGAAGCAUGAAGAGAGCAUGAAUGGACCUCUCAAUAUUACCCUAACCAUGAAGUUGGAGGCCCUGUGCUCAACAUUUUAUGCAACUCCAUCCCUGUCUCCAGCAGCCUACCCACCUCCACCCAUUCUUUCUUCUCCUUUUCCCCCAAGUCCAGUAGAUGUGCCCCACCUCCAGACUCAUUCCUGGGAGAAGGCUGUGGCCCCUGCCCCCUCUUGCCAAAUGCUUCAUGGAAAUAAAGAAGAGAGCCCAGAGUCUCCUUACUGCCCCACAGUGGGCCAUUUCGAGAGGUGGCCUAGAAAGGCUGACUUACCCUUGGGAAGAAAGGAGAUUCCUGUCACUUUUCAAGGUGGGGAGAAGACAGAUGCCCAAGCCUUUGACCAUGACUUUGUAGCUCAUUAGAGGAAGCUACUUUUGGCUGCACAUGAAGCCCUUUGUCCUAGGGUGAGCUCCAGGGAUUUGCCUGGAUUGUGAGGUCCUGCAGAACAUUAUCCACAUGGCUAUGGCUGUGGCUGGGCCCCAGCAGGCAAAAAACCAUCUACCAGAAACUGGAGAGCACCUGCCAUUGAAGCAGAUAACCCUGGCCCUACCGCCUGCUUCCACCACCUGUACCACAGAACAUAACCUGGACCUUCCAGAGAGGAUGUGGCAGGACAGCCCACCCCUGGGUUCUCCAUUGGGAACCUCAAUGCUUCUUUCCCCAGCCAAGAUCUUGGUCUGCAGAAGACCUCAGAACUCACAUCUUCACUCCUGGGCCUUUGCACUUCCAGACGACAGGUCAGAGUUCAAGCAGAGUGCAGACGGGCCACUCAUGAGCCCAAACCUAGAAGAGAUGCCUGUCUGUGAAGGAACAGACCAUCUGAUCCUCCCUUCCCCCAUCUUUCCUUUGUGGGUUGCCUCCAUUGUCCAGACAGUGCCCCCACCUCCUUCCUGUCUUGCCUCACUAGCAAUCUGGACUUGAUGGAGAUUGCCUCUCUAUUUUGGCACUGCCCAAGCAAAGUGUAUCCUUGCCCUCUACCCCCCACUCCAACCUCACCCCAGCAUGUCCAGUGCUUCUGGGGCAUUUAACAGCAGGCCACAAGGAAUCUGUGAGGCUUCCUUUGUCUUCUUUGUGUCUCUAGUUUGUCUGUCUUGUCUCCAUAGCCCCGCCUCUACUCUCCUUCCUUGGAAUUAGGGGUCCCUUAGCCCAUUUCGUUUUUCUACCUUGGGGACCCCAGGGACCAAGUAGUCCUCCAUCUAGUCAGACCAAAGGCAAAAAGCCUGGCUACCUCCCCUAUAGCAUGUGAGGUCCCUACUACCCUCCCCUGUUUCUACCCAGCUUUGCUUAUCUUGGAGAUUUCAAGGCAGCAGAGGAUAGUGAGGGGAGGGUGGGAGAAGCCUGUCCUUGUGUAGGCAACUGCCUGACUAGGCGCUGACUGCUGUAACCAAGAUCAGGUCCCCAACCCGUUUGCCCAUUAACACCCCCUUUUGAUCUUUCAAAGGCAGCUAAUUGCUAGCAAAUCCCCCUGAUUCCGGGCCUCUUUCCCCUCUGUUUCUUUGUUAGAAGUUUCUGCGGAGCUGAAACCCAGCCUCCAUUUGACUGGGCUUCAUUUAGUUUAGUUGGGUUCUCGGAGCCUCCUGUUUGUUGUUUUGUGUUGUUUCCAGUGAAAAGCAAGUUUACCCUCAAGAGUUAUGCUUUUCCAAAGAAGCUAGUGUUUUUUUGUGUGUUUGAUUUUUUAAUGUUUCAGGUUCUAAGUGAAGUGAGUUGGGGAGGGGUUGGAAGUGGUAGUAACCAAGGUUUAGAACAUGGUGAGAUAGUUACCUCUGAUCUCUAAUCCCCUGGAGAGAGGCAGGGAUUGAAUAGGGGGCAGAGAGAGAGGAUUUCUAUUCACCUUUAAUAUAUUUUUACAAAAAAAGCAAACAAUUUAAAAACAAGCCCACCGCUUCUGUACAUGUCUAAAUAUAUUUUUAGAAGUGGGUAGGAUUGUGAAUUUCUGAUGCAGGGCCUUUUUAUAAAUAGGUUAGAGUAGCCUCAUCCAGACUUCUCUGUUGGUUUUUUUUUUCCCGUUUUUUUCUUAUGUUGUGUUACUAAUGUAAUUUAUAUUUUUUUUUAGAUCCUCCCUUUCCUAUAGAGAUAAAAGUGAUUUAUCUUGGCAA